AUGAACGGCCACGAGAAAACGCGUUCAGACGCUUGCAAGGUUCUGCAGAACGGGACGAAAAUUCGCGUACGGCCCUAUAGGAAGAAAGACACCGAUAGGAUUCGCAGCCUCUACAAGUUUACUAUGACUGAGGCGCGUGGCUCACCGCACAAAGUUAUUCUCCGUUCGCAGUUCACCACAACGUCCGCCUUCGUCAUGUACGCGCUAUUCGUAGCGGGGCUUGUUCUUUCCUUGGACCCAGCGACUCAAAAGCUCGGUGCGAUACUUUGCUUGUUGCUCGUGAUGGUGUUUGUGGGUUCCCGGCUGUUCAUGCACUACAUGUUCUCGCACUACGUCCGCAAGAUCUAUGGUGGCGAUCUGGCGAAUAUUAGUGACGUUUAUGGGAUGAAGCCGGCCGCGGAGGAUGAGGAAGACCUUGUGUCUACGGGUCCUUAUGGAUUUUGGGUUGCUGAGGCGUUUUCGGAGGAAAGUGAUUAUUGUGAGAUCGUUGGGUACGUCGGAUUAAACUUCAAUACGAAUAAAGGACCAGGGUCUGGGAAAGAUCACACCACAUCUGAAGUCCGUCGAAUGGUCGUCUCGGACACUCAUCGAAGACUGGGCAUCGGAGCUGCCCUUCUGCAUACCGUCAUCGCUCAUGCGAAGGAGCAGGGACUGUCGUCCGUGUUCCUUACCACGACGUGUUUCCAGAUCCCUGCGAUGCGGAUGUAUGAGAAGCUGGGAUUCGUGGUACAGUGGAAGAAGUUCCCCAUGUGGUUCAUCCCGACGUUUAGUUUCUGGGUCGUGGAGAUGAAGUUGGACCUGACGAAGGUGUAGGCUGGAUGUCGCGGUGGCCAAUGUUGAUACCCCCUUGUUAAUCGCAUUUGCUUUGCCUUGAU